AUGCUGCAGCAAAUUUUGCGUGAUAUGUAUAUUGACCCUGAGCUCCUGGCAGAACUAAAUGAAGAGCAAAAGCAGAUCUUGUUCUACAAAAUGAGAGAAGAACAGCUAAGGCGUUGGAAGGAGAGGGAAGAAAAAGCACGACUGGAGGAGGCUAUGCUGCGGAAGACAGCGAGACGCAAACAAAGUAAUGGCAAACACGUGCAGUGGCUGCGUGGGAAGGAUGGUGAGGUCUGGGUCUGGGUUAUGGGAGAAGCCCCCGGUGACAAGCGAUACGAACAGAUAUCAGAGGAGCUAAUAGCAGAACGAGCCAGGCAACAAGCACAGAAGGAGGCAGAAGAACUAUGGAGGCAGAAGGAGGCUGAAAUUACAAAGAAAUUCCGGGACGCUAUGGCUCAAGAAAAAGCCAGAAUAGUGGCAGAAAAAUGGAAAAUAGAAAUGGAAGAUCGUAAAGCUGCCAAACUGGAAGAGGAAAAAAUUCAGGAGGAACUGAAGAAAAGGGAAGAAGAGGAGAGACAAAAAGGUGAAGAACAGAUAAGGCAGCAGGAAGAAAUUCGAGCAAAAGAGUUGUAUCUGAGCCUCAAGCAAGCUCAGCAGCAUAGUCAACACAGCGAUGAUGACCAAGAGUGGGAAGAACAGUUGCGCCGUUCCAAAGCUGCAGAUGAGGAAAGGAGCCACAAAGCACGCAGGGCACGGGACGAAUACCGUCGACAAUCCUUGCGUGCCAUCCAAAAGGGAAAAGUGGCUGGCCUGAGUAAUUUGUUCCAGGGGACAAGCCUUAACAACGCUCAGGAGAUAAAACUGAACAACAAUAGUGCAAGUCCUUUGCUGUCUCUCUCUGCAGCAUCCAGUAACAUCUGGGAGCGCCCUUCUAGACCCUUUUCCCGAGAAGUCAUCAUUCGCUGGUUCAAAGAAGAGCAGAUCCCUCGACGUGCUGGGUUUGAGAGGAACACCAACAGGAUUGCUCCAUGGUUUCAUGGUAUUAUCAGCCGCCAGGAGGCAGAAGAGCUGUUGAUGAACAAAUCUGAAGGAACAUUCCUAGUGCGAGUCAGUGAGAAGAUCUGGGGUUAUGCAUUGUCUUAUCGCCAGCAAAGUGGGUUCAAACACUUCCUGGUUGAUGCUUCGGGGGAUUUCUACAGCUUCUUGGGGGUAGAUCCAAACCGACAUGCAACACUAACAGAUCUUAUUGAUUUUCACAAGGAAGAAAUCAUCACAUCCUCAGGAGGGGAGCUACUAAUGGAGCCAUGUGGACAGCAGAAGAAUCCGCCAGACUACAGCCCUUUAUUUGAAUAACUGAUCCGGGACUAACAGGGAUGCAUUCUAGAUAGCUGUAGUAAUAAAUAGCUACAAAAGUAAACACUGAAAAGUAGUUAAUAAAAUUCCAAAGCCACUGGUCUUGUGGCCAAAAUGUAUCCUCAUUAGAAGGCACAAAAUAUUUCUGGUUUGCAUCUGAAUGAUCAUAAUUAUACAUAUUGCUAACAUUUUAAAGGUGAGAAAUUACUCGUGAGAAAUUACAAAUGAGGACCAGUCCUGGGAAUUUUUCAAGGGGUUGUGGCCAAUUUCACUGAACGCUAAGUUCCUAUGUUAAUUUUCUUCAUGUCUGAGACUGACCAAGCAAAAUGCUGCAAGAAGUAUGGGUGGGAAUUAUUCACAGAGUAUUGUAUGGAGUACCAAUAUUGGUGAACAGAUUAUUUUUUCCAAAGCAAUGUUUGUCUGUUUCUGCUGACAAUCUCAUUACUCAGUGCUGCACUUUUGAUAAUAAUAAGAGAAGUAGUCUUAGAAUGUCCUUUUGCAGUCAGUGAUGGCUUCAAUGGUUAGGGAUAGCUGGAAACUUGCCAUUGUGCUUUUGAGUUCAGGCCUACAAAGUUCACCACUGCAGAGACAGAAUAAGGUCAUUCACAUUUUAUUUACAAUUUCAUGCAGUCCAACAGCCUUAGAAAGAGAGUAUAGAAACUAGUCCAUUUAUUCUAAAGCAGUUAUUCUAAUGAAAGCAAUUUGAUUUGCAGCAAUAACAACAACAACUCUCACCGGCCUUGUCAAGUUUUCUGCUUUCUGAUGUGCAAGAUACAUGCUGGAGAUUCCUAGCAUUCCUUUGCUGUAGGACCAGAUACUUUCCUUGGCUGAGCUAUGAGGUGUCCAUAGAUUUACCUCUGAUGCCAGUGAGCAACAUCUAGCAUCUAGACUGAGGCUCUAAAGGUGAUAUAGAGUAAUUAGAAGUAUUUAGACACCUAGACAUCUUUCCUAAAUAGUGUUCUGCCUUCAUGAAGUAUAAAAAAAAAACAACAAAAAAGAAAACAUAUAAAAUGCCAUCUUCUCUUUGGAAAAAGUACUAGGAAUGCUAGAAAAGAAGGCAUAUGAUUUCCAAGGUUGUUGGAAGAUUACUCAACCCAUUGUACACAGUUCUGGGAGUGUUUAUAGACAGACUAUUGAGAAACUCCUCCCAUAAGAAAUUUGUGUUCUGAGAGUAAUAAUAAUACAGUUAUUUAUUUCACGUGACGCACUUCCCAGCAACCACUUGCAUUUUGUUUAACAGAGAAGACGACUUGUGAAUAUUAAGUCUUUAGCUUGUGUGUCUUCUUGUGAUGUAAUAAACAUCACAACAGCAUCGUCAUUUUCACUUCAGAGCAGAUUUCCUACUUUUAAUUUUCUACAUUUUUCUGUUCGAGUUUCAUCCAUUUCUCAUUCUAGGUUCUGUCUGGCUUUGAAAUAAAUCCCCUGUAAGUUCCUCCGCAAAUGAAAUUACUUGGAAAACUGCAAUUUCUUCUGAGAGUUUUAUUGUGCUAAUAAAUGUCAGAAUUCACAAGUAAGGGAUUGUUUUUUUUUAACAUAGCUCCACAGAAAUAAUGAAAAAUAUUCUUGGAGUUACCAGGAAAGAAGAACUCAACAAUAUAUAACCAGAAGCAGCAGCAAUAAAAUACAGUGCUACUUAACUGAAGAUAAAUUCUGAAGAAAACAAGAAAUUAAGAAGCUUUUCUUGGUAGAGAUGUGCAGCUGCUGCCAAUACACUUGAGAGCUGUGGGAAAAGUACUAGCAUGGAGAAGUUUUCUAAGCUAACAAAUGCCUCUUGUUGCUUUCUAGAAAAUAAAUGGACUAUGAAAAGUUAACCGGUUAGUAGGAAGAAUAGAACGGAAAGCAUUGAAGCAGUAAAU